AUGGCUUCUGAAGGCUUGGCGAGUAGCUCUGCGCAAGAAUGGACUGUGGUUGUGCGAUUUGCGGUAGAACAGAUGGAAGAUCUGCCAUUGAACGUGAGCAAUGUUGAUUUGGAUUUAGUUACGGUUCCAUGGCUCAGGCGCAUGUGCAGACAGCUACGAGGCAAUUACACCAAUAAUAGACGGCUUCGGUUUAUCAGAAAUGGUCGUUUUCUGACAGUGAAUUCAGAUCUGCAGCUAAAGCGGUAUUUCGAAGAGAAUCGUGAUGAACCGGUAUUCUACGUGCAGUGCAUUGUGGGACAAGAACUGAGCGCCCAGGAGGCGGCAAAUGAAGAUUCGCUGGACGAAGCGCAGCCUAAUUCCGAGGGCACCACGACGCAGGCUAUCGGCUUUGACCGGUUGCGGUCUGUGGGGUUCAGCGACGAGGAAAUCGAGCUUCUGCGACAACGGUUUCAGAGCACAUACGGGGAUUUAGAAGACCUGACGCGAGCCACAGGUGACUCCCAGGAUAUCCGGCAGCUCGAGGAACAAUGGAUGGAAACGGGCGCUAAUGACGACACGACGCAAAUGGGCGCUGUCGGGAUUGCCAACUAUAAGCACAAUACCGACUUGUUGAUAGGACUGACUGUCGGAUUUGUACUGGGAGUAUUCUGCUUCUUGCUGAUGGCUCAGGAAGGUCUGUUUAACAAACGCCAAAGGAUGGCAAUUGUGGGCGGAUUGAUGAUAAACGUUUGUUUCGGCCUCACAAUGGGCUUUGCUAGGGGUUGA